AAAAACAUUUUAAAUGAAUAUAAAAACACUUAGGAUGGAAAAUUUAGUCUCUUUUUAAUUCAUAAAUCAAUAAGCAAGGCACCAUGUCACAUGGUAUCUUGUUGAUCACUGCUGCUUUGGUUUGCACCCUGACUCCAACAGUGCUUGGUAGCUAUGAGGGCAGAUCACGGACCAUGCUGGGUGAAAUCCCCUUAGUAGGAGUCACUAAGACAAUACCCAUUGGAAAUUUCCUCCCCUCUAUUGCUUCACCAUGCUGUCCAUGUCCUGCUCCCAGCAGAAUUUACCCAGAGAGAUACAUAGUUAUUGACAGAAUGUCUCCACCCCCUCUUCCAAGUUUACCCAGAGCUCAUGAUGACCCUUUGAUGAUCUCACCAGCAUAUCACUCUCUGAUGAUGUCACCAGCACACCACCCUUUAAUGAUGUCACCCCCUCCCAAGCCUCCAACCAUACCAUCUGAUCCUGAGCCUACUCCAGAAACAAGUGGUGGAUCAAAUGGUGGUGGGGACCGCUGAAUGCCUGCUGACUGUCAUUACUAAGAGGAAUGCACAUUUACAAGUGAACAUACACAUAUUUUCUAGUCUGAUAUUUAAUUUUAUUUUGUGUAUAUAGUAUGAUAUGUAAGCCAAACCCAUUUUUGAAGGGUUUG